CAGUCGUCGGACAGCGCCGUGCUUGGUACGUUCGUGUCGGCGCCUGUCCGCUUUCGAACCUCUCGCGCGUGCUUCUCUCGAGCCGAUCGCAUUCGCGUUGUACGCGAUGCGAUAAUCAAGCGAGUAAAAGCGGUCCAUUGAUCGUGACGAUUUUCAGCGAUGCUCCGGACGCUUUGAUCCACGCGGGAAAAAAAAACACAUGCCUGAUCCUUGGAAGAUCAUCAUCGUUCUGACGACGAACACGACGACGAACACGACGACGCUGUGCCACCGCCGGGAUUUGCGGCGCUUUUGAUAUUCAUUGAUUCAACCGACUGUUCGGGAUGUUGCCGCACAACGUUCUCAUCCUCGCGAAGGUGAUGAUAAGUCUCAUCGCCAUCGUCGCCAACGGCGCGCCUGCGAAUUUAGAUUUGGAGGAUUAUCAGAAGAUGCUCGACGAGGAGCAAUCCAUCGAUAAAGAUCUUCCUAAGAACAACACACAAAUAAGAUGCUUCUGCAAUCAACCGGACUGCGUUCCUCAGGGAUAUAUGUGUCGCGGUGAAGCCUGCUUCACAAAAUUACCGUCGAGUGCAAACAUGUUGCGCUUGAAAAUGGAAAGCGUUUACAGCGGUUGCCUGGCCGAGAGUCUCGAAAUACGUCAGUGCCCCGUGGGAUUUCUCUGCUGCAAUCAGGACCUCUGCAACCAUGUGGACGAUCCUGCGAUGAAAAACAGAUUUAACAAAACAAUACAAGAAUUGUUCGGCGAUCAGCGUGCGUACUUGGAUUCCUUGCAUCCGAGCAAUCACGGAAGUCAGCCAACGGACGGUUGGUUUCCGAUGGCGACAAUCGUCGUAGGUAUCUGUGGAUUCAUCGUUCUGUUGAUGAUCGUCAGUUUAGGUGUCAGAUGGCUCCAGCCCGUGCCGGCACAAAACGUAAACAAGUUUAUGCCACAUCGAACAUCCGACAACGGGCCGCCCUUACUCGGAUCACCGAAAGUGCCUCUGGUUUAAGAAAUUCCGCAAUCCAAAGACAGAGUUUCUCGACAAGAUGUUUCUAAGUAGUAGUCAGUAGAGCUGCUUGUGCUGGUUUAGUAUAUGACUCAUACAACCGGAACUGUGCCAUAUACGUAUACUUGCGUAGCGGACGACACCGAGCAUUUGUGUAUUGCAAUUUUAUGCAACAGGCUGUAUGAGCAAGAUUUCUUUUAUGAUAAGAUAUUAAUGUUAUUCACAUUUAACUUCAUUUCAACUCUAUUAAUUUUUUACAUAUUUAAUGCAUAUUUAAUGCACAAAAAUCUCUGCAAGAUUCCAUGGAGGCCAGAGUCAUAUACUAAACUCCAGCCAUUUAAGCUAUAUAGAAAGCUAGCGAGCCGGCGAAGGCUCCAUUUGGCUGUGAAUUUUACGAAGAAAGCAACUAUUGUAAAUUAUAUCGUAAACAAUGGCGUAUUACUUGUUGCAUUUCCUCGAAACUCCGACGCAGUACAUGCGUCGUCGUGAAAUCGAAGAGUGAGAACGGGCCAGGAUUUUUGGACCCUUUAAACAUGACGUUAUAACGAUGUAGCGCAUACGAUGUCUCUGCAUCGUUGUAGGAUUGUAAAUAUAGAUAAUAUAUGUACCUAUGUAUUUUUUAUCAUAUUAAACGAUACGUUGAAUUCUCGAAGAUGUAAUGAUUGAGUUACAAUGUCGUAAACGCGGAAAUAUUUGCAUUAUGGACUGUAAAUAAGAAUAUUAUAUAAUUUUAAUUUCUCCAAUAAAGGGAAGAUAAUAUUUCGCAAAUAAUCUAUAAAAAUUAUUGCAGUGAGAAAUUAAUUCGUAGUUGAUAUAAUUACGUCAAGAGUUCCGUUGCGUAACUUUGAAGCGUAGCCACUAAAUUUGUGAAACCGUAUUUUACCUACUUUAUACAUAUUUUUAAGCGUAUUCCGUAUAAAUACUAUGUGAUAGUACGACAUAAUAUGAUUAAACAAAUACACAAUAAGACUAUUUAGAUUUUGUUUUACACGUGUUACUUGUGAGGAAUGAACAAAAAGAUCAAAGUAAAGUAUAUUUUAAGCAUC